GAAAUAAUCUCUCUCACCGACCGUUAGUCUCCAGUAUCGGGAAAUAUGACUUCUGCACCGUCUGAUCCAACUCUGGAGAGACACUUCAAGGGUCACAGGGAGACUGUGACGAGUGUGGACUUGAGCUGCAACAUGAAACAGAUUGCCACAGGCUCCAUGGACUCUUCUGUGAUGAUCUGGAAUAUGAAACCUCAGAUGCGAGCGUAUCGUUUUGAUGGACACAAAGAUGCUGUCAUUUCUGUUCAGUUUUCUCCCUCCGGCCACUUGGUGGCCUCAGCCUCCCGAGACAAGACUGUACGUCUUUGGGUUCCCAGCAUGAAAGCUGAGUCAACAGCUUUCAGGGCUCAUACUGGCACCGUGCGCAGCGUUAACUUUUCUGGUGACGGACAGACUCUGGUCACAGCCUCUGAUGAUAAGACCAUCAAAGUGUGGACCGUCCACAGGCAAAAGUUUCUCUUCUCUCUCAACCAGCACAUCAACUGGGUCCGCUGUGCCAAGUUUUCUCCAGAUGAUCGUUUGAUUGUGUCGUCCAGUGACGAUAAGACUAUAAAGCUGUGGGACAAGAAUAGCAGAGAGUGUAUUCAUACUUUCUAUGAACAUGCUGGUUAUGCAAACUAUGUGGACUUCCAUCCCAGUGGAACAUGCAUUGCUGCAGCCAGUACUGACAACUCUGUCAAGGUGUGGGACAUCAGAUCUCACAAGAUGCUACAGCACUACCAAGUUCACAGUGGUGUGGUGAACAGCUUGUCUUUCCACCCGGCUGGUAAUUUCCUCAUCACUGCGUCCAGUGAUUCCACAAUGAAGAUUUUGGACCUUGUAGAGGGCAAGCUACUGUAUACACUGCACGGACACCAGGGUCCAGUGACCUGCGUGGCCUUCUCCAGGACAGGAGAGUACUUUGCCUCUGGAGGUUCUGACGAACAGGUAAUGGUGUGGAAGAGCAACUUUGACUAUGCUGAAGGCAGCGAACGUGUCAGGCUGCAGCAUAAAACUACUUCCAGCUUGCAGACUCUACCAGCCAGCUCCACGGCUCACCCCUCCUUUAACUCGCAUCCAUCUGCACACCGCAGCCAGACUUCUGAACCAUCAGAACAUUUCAACGGACAGGACUCCCACGCUCAGAGCAGCAGUCACAGUGGCAGCCACAGCAGAGCGACUCAUUCCCAAACCUACAGACACCUCAGCACCAGCACUGCCUCCACCCACCAGACACAGACCCGGGCUUCACCCCAGGUUCAAACACAUUCCCAAGCCUCAGACGGAGGGGUCCCCCCUGGUCUCACCAGCACCCUUGAACACAUCAUAGGUCAGCUGGAUAUUCUCACUCAGACAGUUUCAAUCUUGGAGCAGCGGCUGACGCUGACAGAGGACAAGCUCAAGGAGUGUUUGGAGAACCAGAUGGAGAUCGGUCAACAUCUCCAGAGACGAGACGAGGCCUAAAGAUGGCGACACCAGAGUGAGGUUGAGCUGUGGUGUGAGGGAAAUGGGGUCACAACUACACCAUUAACAGAAACACGUUCACAGUACUCUCUCGUUGUUAGAUCACACAUAAUAUAUGCGAUCUUGGAGACAGUCCUGAACCGUUUAUUCCUGACUGGACUUUAAAUGCACUGAGCCGUACUGCUGAUGUACUGUGUCUGGUUGUUUUACAAAUACAUAGAUAUCAGAAGUGAAGGAGUUGAAUAUUAGAGAAGUUGUUCUU